AUGGGGCUGGGGAACGGCACGGUGGUGACUCAUUUCAUCCUCCUAGGGAUUCCCAACACCGAUGGCCUCCAGACCAUCCUCUUCUUCACCUUCUUAGCCUUCUACCUAUGUACCCUGCUGGGCAACGGGGUCAUCUUCUCCGCCAUUCUCGGCGACCCUCGUCUGCACACCCCCAUGUACUUCUUCCUCUGCAACCUCUCUGUACUGGACAUUGGCCUUUCUUCCGUUAGCACCCCGAAAUUGUUGGCCAUCCUCUGGGAUCAGAGCAGAGUCAUCUCCCUAGGUGGGUGCAUGGCCCAGGUCUUUUUCUGGCACUUCCUGGCCAGCACCGAGUGCCUGCUCCUCACCGUCAUGGCCUACGACCGAUACGUGGCCAUCUGCCACCCGCUGCGCUACCUGCUCAUCAUGAACCGGAGGAUGUGCUCCCUCCUAGCUUCCGGUUCCUGGAUUGCCAGCUCCUUCCACGCCACCAUCCUCACCAGCCUGACCUUCACUCUGCCCUACUGCAGGUCCAACGUGGUGGACUAUUUCCUCUGUGACAUCUUCCCCGUGGUCAAGCUGGCCUGUGCGGACACACACAUCCUCGAGACUGUGGCCUUCACCAAUAUUGGUCUGGUGCCCUUGACCUGCUUCCUUCUCAUCCUCACGUCCUAUGUCCGCAUCAUCUACGCCGUCCUCAAGAUGAACUCGGCCCAUGCGUGGCGCAAAGCAGCCUCCACUUGCGCCUCCCACCUGGCGGUGGUAACGCUCUUCUUUGGACCCUGUGCCCUGAUCUACACCCAGCCCCACCUGAGCCAGGUGCUGGGGCCGCCCGUUCAGAUCUUCAGCAACGUGGUGACACCCAUGCUGAACCCAGCCAUCUAUGCACUGCGCAACAAGGAGGUGAAAUCUGCUCUGAGAAAACUAAAAGGGGAUCGGACACAUGCACGUUGAUGUGCGGCUAGUGCAG